AUGGCUCUGGCGGGCGUUGAUGCCGUGCCAGAGUCCAAGUGGUUUAGGUCGACGGCUACCGAGAAGCGCCGCGAAGCUGUACUGAAUUUGUCUGACAACAUCAAUACUAAUCCACCUAUUUACCGGCUUGCCUACGAGCGUUUGGUGGAUUUCGCGUCGCGCCUGCACCAUGCGUGGGCUGUCGACAAGAAGUGGACUAUCGUCGAAGUCCAGGAAGGCUGCCCGCCCGAGGAGCUGCACCGCGAUUUCCAGCCCUCCGAGACCACGGCAGCCAUCAAGAGACACGAGUGGGUACAGUCGUCGGUGUAA